AUGAACGUCGCUUCCGCUUCGUCGGACGACAAGCGUCCGUCCGCCUUAAAGAUCCGCUCUAGCAGCACCCUACAGAGGCUACCACCCCAGAAAGCCACUGAUCCGGACCUCAUCGCAAUCCGCGCCAAGCUGCUCAACGCCCUCGCUGUCAAGGCUUCCGCGCUCGUCACUCCUCGGUCCUCGCGCGCCGCUUCUCCUGGUGCAACUCCUCGUCUGCGAUCCCGCCGUGCGGCCCACAGCCCGUCUCCCCGUGUCGUCGUCGGCCCCAAGGCCAUCAACUUACUGCCAGUUGAGCUCGCAAGUUUGCGCCUGUCGUCGCCGCUCAUCGUUUCGAGCCCUUCUCGACUAAAGAUCGCUCGGAAGAUUCAGGCCAUUAUUCCAGGUCUCGACACUCGCAUCCUCAGCUCCGCCGUUAUCACUGUACCUACUCGAAUCUCCGGCCGAGACUGUGUUAUUAGUGUCGGCGGCGGUUCGGCUGUGACUCUAGCCCGGGCUGUGAGUUUACGCAAGGGGAUCCCGCACAUUUGCAUCCCGACAACCUUCAGCGGCAGCGAAAUGAUUCCCGAAAGCAGCACUCCAGUGCCCCGCGAGCGCGGUGGCAGUGAAGGAAGCAAUUCAAGGGCAGCGAGGGAGAUCGCUCGAGAGUCCAAAACACUCCCUGCUGUCAUCAUCUACGACGACGACCUCACCACGAGCUCGUCAACCCGGUUCUCUGCUCCAAGCGACGAGGACAUCAUGGAGGACCGAGCCGAACCGCACCCCAAGUCAGAAGACGCCUGCUGGAGCUACAUCAAUCUCCCAGGUGUCUAG